GAGAGGUGUAGGGGUCAAGGUGUUGUUAGCAGGACUAGCUCUAGACGUAGACCUGGAAACGCAUCUGGGGAGGAGGACUUCGGGUUUAGAUGAGUGCGUGGGCGUGUCUGGUAUGGGAUGCCGUGGAAAAGAAGGGGCCCUCGUGAGUAGAUCUGUGGGUGGUUCCUUUGAGGAAUUCUCUUCCCGUUUGCUCUUUUAUUUGCCAACGAGAGUCCCUAUGGUCUCUGGUCAAGUGUUGGCAACCUUCUCUUUGGGUGAUCUUAAUCAUCUACUACUUCAUUAUAGAACUGCCCAGGGCGUUUUCUGAUACUGGGCACAAACGUGGGGAAUAUGUCAGAAAACAGGAAGCCGCUGAGCAAACUCCCCAGUGGGACUGCAUUGGGGAACUCGGGCAAGACUCGUUGCCCUUUGUGCAUGGGGCUUUUCAAAGCCCCCAGGCUCUUGCCUUGUUUGCACACGGUUUGCACCACGUGUCUGGAGCGGCUAGAACCCUUCUCAAUAGUGGACAUCCGAGGGGGAGACUCAGACACAAGCUCUGAGGGGUCAAUAUUCCAGGAACUCAAGUCACGCAGUCUGCAGCCACAGAUCGGCAUCCUCUGUCCGGUAUGUGAUGCUCAGGUGGAUCUGCCCAUGGGUGGAGUGAAGGCUUUAACCAUAGACCACCUGGCCAUGAAUGAUGUGAUGCUGGAGAAUCUGCGUGGGGAAGGCCAGGGCCUGGUGUGUGACCUGUGCAGUGACAGGGAAGUGGAGAAGAGGUGUCAGACCUGCAAAGCCAAUCUCUGCCACUUCUGCUGCCAGGCUCAUAGGAGGCAGAAGAAAACAACUUACCAUACCAUGGUGGACCUAAAAGACUUGAAAGGCUACAGCCGCAUUGGGAAGCCCAUCCUGUGUCCCACUCAUCCUGCGGAGGAGCUGAGGCUGUUCUGUGAGCUGUGUGACCGACCCGUGUGCCGGGAUUGCGUGGUUGGGGAGCACCGAGAACACCCCUACGACUUCACCAGCAACGUCAUUCACAAGCAUGGUGACUUUGUGCGGGAACUCCUCAAAGGCACCCAGCCCCACGUGGAGGCCCUGGAGGAAGCCCUGGCUCAGAUCAAUGGGAUGAACAGCGCCCUGCAAGAGAGAGUGGAAGCAGUGCCUGCCGAUGUCCGAACAUUCUCUGAGGGCUACAUCAAGGCCAUUGAGGAGCAUCGGGACAAGCUCCUAAAGCAGCUGGAAGACAUACGAGUCCAGAAGGAAAAUUCCCUGCAGCUGCAGAAGGCACAGCUGGAACAGCUGCUGGCAGAUAUGCGGACUGGAGUGGAGUUCACCGAGCACUUGCUGACCAGCGGCUCAGACUUGGAGAUACUCAUCACCAAGGGCGUGGUAGUAGAACGGCUCAAGAACCUGAAUAAAAUGGAAUACAGUGCCCGUCCUGGAGUAAAUGAAAAGAUAUGCUUCUCUCCUCAGGAAAAAGCAGGCCGGUGCCAUGGCUAUGAAGUUUAUGGGGCCAUUAAUACCAAAGAGGUUGAUCCAGCCCAAUGUGUCCUUCAAGGAGAAGAUCUCCACAGAGCCCGAGAGAAACAGGCAGCCUCUUUCACCCUGCUUUGUAAGGAUGCUGCAGGAGAGAUCAUGGGCAGGGGAGGAGACAACGUUCAUGUUGCUGUUAUCCCUAAAGAUAAGAAGGACAGUCCAGUGAGAACAACGGUCCAAGAUAACAAGGAUGGGACAUACUAUGUUUCUUAUACGCCCAAGGAACCUGGGGUCUAUACUGUAUGGGUCUGCGUCAAAGAGCAGCAUGUGCAGGGCUCGCCAUUCACAGUGACUGUGAGGAGGAAGCACCGCCCACACCCGGGCGUGUUUCACUGCUGCACCUUCUGUUCCAGUGGAGGCCAGAAAACUGCGCGCUGUGCCUGUGGAGGCACCAUGCCAGGUGGGUACCUAGGCUGUGGCCACGGACACAAAGGCCACCCAGGCCGUCCCCACUGGUCAUGCUGUGGGAAGUUUACUGAAAAGUCCGAAUGCACGUGGGCAGGCGGGCAGAGUGCACCGAGGAGUCUGCUGAGGACUGUGGCACUCUGACUGUUUUGUGAGUAUGUGCUAAGCCUAUGAAAGCUGCAGCCAGCACAACCUCACAUUAUCAGAGCACUCCAGACCCUAAUUAAUUCUGAAGAGAAUGAUAGAAUUAAAAACAAGUGCCUUAUCUUACAGCAGAGCUUAAGUGUUUUUGUGAGUUACUGAUGUAUUUGCAGAUAGUUGAGCACCAAACACCACUGCUACAGUGCUCUUAAAGGCAGAUUGAAAGAGUUCUUCCUUCCUUCCUUCCUAGCAAUAAACUCAGCAUGUAUUAAAUAUAAUCGUUGAAAUCUGCAUUGUGCAAUCCCUUAAGAAGUGGAUGACUCCUUUGAGUGGUAAAUUGGGUCAUACAAAGGAAGUGAAGUAAUUAGAUGCUUACUGUCAGACACCAUGGGGUACAUUUCUUCCUUCAGGCUGAUAGAAGUGGGCUACAA